AUGAAGUCGAUUGCAGUGCUCAUCUCGGGAUCUGGCACCAAUCUCCAGGCAAUCAUAGACGCCUGUUCGUCUGGACGGAUUCCGGAUGCAGAGGUCAAAUUCGUCUUUUCAAAUCGGAAAGCUGCAUAUGGCCUUACCCGAGCACAAUCUGCGUCCCCACCCAUCCCUACAGACACACUCGCGCUUCAACCGUUCCUUAAAGCUGAUGCGCAACGGACACGGAUCGACUACGACCUUGAGGUGGCCCGACGGAUAAUUACAGGGUUUCCGGACUCAAAGAUAGAUUUAAUUGUGCUUGCGGGAUUUAUGCACGUACUCAGCGAAGAAUUCCUCGACGUCAUCAGCGGUGUACGCGAGUACGAGACGGACAAGCGCAUAUCAACGCCCAUCCCGAUAAUUAAUCUGCACCCUGCCCUCCCCGGCGCUUUCGACGGCGCUAAUGCGAUCCAACGAGCCUUUGAAGCGUACCAAAAAGGAGAUAUAAAAGGAACGGGAGUGAUGGUUCACUACGUUGUCAAGGAAGUGGACCGGGGAGCACCUAUAUUGGUGCGUGAAGUGGAGAUACUCCCUGAGGACGACAUUGCGGCCUUGGAGGAACGCAUGCAUAAGACAGAACACGCUUUACUUCUCGAUGCAGUGAAGAAGGUCUUGUCGCAGGAACCAGAAUCAAUAUCCUCAUGA